AUGGCGAAGACCUACGACUACCUCUUCAAGCUGCUGCUGAUCGGCGACUCGGGCGUGGGCAAGACGUGCCUGCUCUUCCGCUUCAGCGAGGACGCCUUCAACACCACCUUCAUCUCCACCAUCGGAAUUGACUUUAAAAUCAGAACAAUAGAACUAGAUGGGAAGAAAAUCAAACUGCAGAUAUGGGACACGGCGGGCCAGGAGAGAUUCCGCACCAUCACAACAGCCUACUACAGAGGUGCCAUGGGGAUAAUGCUGGUUUACGAUAUCACCAAUGAAAAGUCUUUUGACAAUAUUAAAAACUGGAUCAGGAACAUUGAAGAGCACGCUUCUUCGGAUGUGGAAAGGAUGAUCCUGGGCAACAAAUCUGACAUGAAUGAGAAAAGGCAAGUUUCGAAGGAAAAAGGAGAAAAGUUAGCAAUUGACUAUGGCAUCAAAUUUCUGGAAACCAGUGCAAAGUCCAGUAUCAACGUGGAAGAGGCUUUCUUCACCCUUGCACGGGAUAUUAUGACAAAACUCAACAAAAAAAUGAAUGACAACAUUUCGGCAGGGGCGAGCGGGCCCGUGAAAAUCACAGAGAACCGGUCGAAGAAGAGCAGCUUCUUUCGAUGCACGCUGCUUUGAUGAACUUCUCCUAAGAGACUGCAGCAUACCUAGAACAAAAAAAUACCUUUUCCUGCUUCUCCGAAAGCACAGGCUCCGCCCGGCUGCUUGGACCUAGAAUGGGCUAAACCAAGAGAAUGGAUGGGGACUCUCUCUCUGUUGACCGCCAUCGCCCGUCUCCCCCCUCUCCGAGACGUGGAAGCUGUGAAGUUGAGAGACUCCUGCCUGCCGGA